CUUUCGUGAACGCGUUCGCAAUGACCAAACCGCUGUUCUGCGUCUUGAUGGACCCAUGAGCCCCCCUCUGUCUCCCGCGUCUCUUGGUAGGUACUUUCCAGACUGUGCGGCUCUCGCUACUUCCCUUAUGUUGGCCAUGACUGCCUCCAUGACUCGACAUCUCCCUGCACAUCACGUCUCUCCUUCUGUUCCACAUUCAAGUUAUUCAGAGAGAACUCACUUUCAUGUUCUCUUCUCGCGCUCACUCAAUUGUAACAUGACCGCUUUUCUGCCCAUGUUCGCAGGGCGAUGCAGAGGCACACCCUCGCAGCCACCAACAGCCGCAUCAACAUCAAUCCAGCUUCUUCCAAACGGCCCGCAUUCUACGCCUCAUGUGCGAGACAGCUGUCCACACCCCGGAAAUCAUGCGCCGAGCGAGCCGACGAACCCUCGAACAUCAUGCAAACCACCGUCAAACUCGAUCCGGCCAAGAUAUCCGUACCUUUCUCGUUCUUUGUCGGCCCAGGUGGAGGCUGUCAAGCGGCUCUUUCCCCACGCAAGAUCGAGUUCGAUCGCUUCGCCCAGUCUGGCAACUCCCAGCACUCAUCCCUCCGGGCACCAGCGGCCAGUCAGCCAACACUGCUCUUAUGUACGCCGCUGUAACCCCGACCAGCGCCAGAGCACCGCCUGUUCUACUCGUCAACAGACCCCAUACGGCUCAAUCGACGGCGUGGUAAGCCGGCAAACGUCGAGGCCCAACCCAUCGUCCGUCUGGUCUUUCGAGGAUAGACGAAGCAGCCUCACGCGGAAACCAGAGGUGCCAGACCUCCGAAGACUUUCCGAAAUCGACACCCACCAAACACAAAGCUUCUCCUGCUCAUCUCCUCCCUCUGGCCAACGUGUGACCAAAGACCGACGACGCAUAUCAACCGUCGACCUUCAAAAACCUCUGCCCGCGCUUCCCACGGACAACGCAGCGGCGAGAACAUCUCACACAACAGUCUACAAGCAAUGGGCACCGGCCGUCACGCACGAAACAAUCACGCGCCGCACGCAUGAAGUCCGCGAAGAGCGCAUCACCCGCGCCAUCGAACAACAUCACUACUACCAUCGCACGUUACCCGUCACGGAUAUCAACUUGCUGGCGGCGCGCCACUUCGUCGAGCUCCCCGAUGAUGGCGGAUAUCUCGAGAUCCCUGAAAGCGAGGUGCCGAGUGAGCUUCGUCCGACGGCGGAGGAGAUCCUAGCAAAUGCACAAUCGCUGUUGAGUCUGGAUGGGAAGAACGAUCUGCGCGAGGGGGAGUUAUCGGGGUUGUCGGACGGGUUUGCGUUGUCCCCAGCUCACGAACUUGAUGCGGAUCGGUUGAAGCGGACCAGUUCGAUUGAUGUGCAUCCGCGAAUCAUGAAGCCGGCGGUGUUUGGCGACGAUGCGAGGCAGGCCAUACUUCUACACGUCGACGAUAAGGUCGGACAGGUAAUGGCGUGAAACGAACACUAUUACGAAACAUUUGAGG